GAGGAAAGUCUUAUCAUGAGGAAAAAGAUGUUUUGUUAUCAUGGUCUUGGCGGGACCAGAAGGAAGUAAAAAUGAGCACAAACUAGGAUGUCCAACUCCAAGUAUUCAAUCUGGAGAAGUGGUUUUUCUAAACUAUUGCCGGCUCCCAUCAACAAUUUCAAACUCACUUACGACCAACGACAUUUCUAUUGAUUCAAGACUUGGUCACUUAAGUAGAUAUGAACUGAAUCCUUGCGAUGAUCUUUCACGUGAUUGUAAGAAAAUACAUGUAUCACAGGCUCAUUGUAGGAAUAAUCAAGAAAACAGAACAAGACCCAGUGUUAUACAAAGUAUUGGACAAGUUUCACCCUUGAAAAUUGAAACGUCUGCAGUAGGUUCAAUUCCUGUUUCUUCGCAUUUAGUUGAAAUGUCUGAAGUUGAUCGAAGACCAGCGAUGAUUGCUGUGAGUUUUGACCAAACGGAUCAAAGAAUCAUCAAUCGUCCACAAAUUGAGCACUUUUCAAAUACCAUGUGGUGUCGAAAACAAAAAUCAUUUCCUCAAAAUGGAAGACGUUAUAGGUAUCACUGCCAGUUUUGCAAUAAACCAUAUUAUUGGCGUUCUCACUGGAAAGCUCAUGAACGAACACACACUGGAGAAAGGCCAUUUACAUGUGAAAUUUGUGGAAAAUCAUUUACCAGGUCAGAUGGUCUGCAAUGCCAUCGUCAUACGCAUAAAAAGUAAGAAAAUGAUUUAAGUAUAUGAAAUAAUGAAAACAUUGUUUUAGAUGAAACAAUAAUCAAGUGAUAAAAUGAUGUGAUACUUUAAAUUAAAAGUGACUUACUAAAAAUGAGAACAAAAUAGAAAAUACGAAACCUUAAAUUGUAUAAAU